UGCCUCUGAAGCUCAAGCUGUCUAAUAAAACAACGACAACCCCAAGUUCCCUUUCCUUAAACCCAACCAAAAGUGCGGGGAGUCUUCCAUUACUUCACAUCAUGACAGACGCGGACGGCGACUCCACGAUGCACAACCCCGCCGACCUAGCGUCCAGCGACACCAGCAAGUUUCCCACACUGAACGAAAGUCAAGAUGCUCCCAGCACGCCGCAGAACCCAUUCCUCGCCAGGGUAGAUCCGAGCUCUGAAUUGUCUCCACCGGACUCUCAAGAACCUUCACAACGGUCGCAUGGUCAAGCUUUCCCGUUCGGUGCACCCGAGAGUCCCGCCGUGAAGAACGAGAAUGGCAAGCGAAUAUAUGCUCCCAGUUCAGGCUCAGCAGCCCCUAGGUAUGACAAGGUACAGACGGAUCCGGAGACAGGAUAUCAGUGGAUGCGGGCAGAGGAUCAGCCGGGGUGGGAGUGGAUGAAUUCGCGUGCAAGGGAGGAGGCGGCGAGAGCUUGGGAACAAAUAGUGGAUAAGGAUUUGAUGAUACGGGGUCGUUAUGGCGAUCCAUUAGAUCCGAGUAUCGAAGCAUCGGCAGGCUCUCAACAGACUUUCGGACGUCAACAUCAGCAGUGAUUGUCGGCGCGUAUGCCCCGGAUUAGAGGUGGAUGGAAGAAUUAAGUGGAUUGCGCUUUACAAAGACUAAGCUCACAUGCAUUGGCCUCGCACGUCGCAUAUACGAGGGCUGGGACACGGACGAAACUGGUUGAGGCAUCCGAUUGUAAUGACUAUGAAUCAAGAAAGCAUGACCAUGAACAUUCAAUUCCCGCCCUUUCCCUCAAGCUACAUUCCAUGUCGGAUCUUCCG